GAACAUGGCGUUGCGUUUACUGUAUCCCCUAAUCUUAGUAAUGCUAAUGGCUUGUAAUAAUGAAUGCUUGCUACUGAAUGACCCCUCUGCUAUGGAGCAGAGACUUUCUCAAAUGGAGGCUUUGGUUCAGGGACUCACUCAGGAAGUUAAAGGUCUUACUCAGGAUGUUAGCUCUUUGAAGCAGGAAAACUCAUAUCUUAAGUCUAAGAUAUCGACAGGGCAGACGCCAGCAUUUUUCUCAGCAUAUAGGAAAAAUCAUCUGUCAUUUACCACAACAACCCAAACAGAUGUCGUGUACGACGGUGUCCGAAGUAACUUCCACACCUGCUACAAUACUUCAAGUGGUCAAUUCAUAGCCCCCUUUAAGGGCUUCUACGUUUUUAGCUGGGAAACUCUUACAACAGCAGGGAAAAUAUUUGAUAGUGAGUUAUUAGUCAAUGGAGUUCGUUAUAUGCUGAAUGCCUGUAACAAUAUAGCACAGAACACUGCAUAUUCCAGCUGUACUGGAGUGGCUCCUGUUCAGUUAGAGGUCGGGGAUAUUGUCCACAUCCGGGCCUUAAGUGCAACAUUCCUUCAUGGUGAUUGGUCGAGCUUCAGUGGAUGGCUAGUGACUAAAACUUAAAUAAG